AUGGCGCAUGACUACAGUUGGGGCAGGAAUGUUAUCCGUACCUUCUUCGAGGAGCAUCUACCGCUCAUGCUCGACGCACCAGUGAUUAUCACAUCCCUCAACUACAAUCACUUUGAGGAAUUCGUUGUUUGCAGCCUCCCGUUCUUCAUACAAAUGGGGAAGAAGAACUACGUGACAAUCAUCCUUUGCAUUCUUGGGCGCUUGGGCUUCUACCGUGCGCACGGGCUUCUACCGUGCGCACAACAUCCCGCUUUACGAAUGGAUCCAAAACAACUACCGCAGAAUCAAGCCGAGCAGCGAGUCAUGUUCAAAGCUGCCCUCCAAGAAGCCGAUGCUCAGGAAGCGGCAGUACUGAAUCUUCGCCGAGGCAAGCUACGGGGAGCAAACGCCGGGACGUCGUUGUUCCAAUUCCGCAAAGACCAAAAGUGCAACCUCCAGGCUGCGGCGGAUAAGCUUCUCAGCAUUCUUGACCAUAUAAUUGUCUACAACAGAGACCAUGGCGGCCCAGCCUACGAGAGGGAAUCAAGGACAGCUGGCAAGAAUUCGGUGACCACGCGGUUGUAUCAUUUCACCGCAGAGCCUGACGGCCUGCUGCUAGGCGAGGCAGUCAUCCCACUCACCCAGCGACGCCCAAAUGCACAAGGCCACACCGUAGUCAAGGUUGGAAAGCAUGUUGACAUUACUCGAUAUGCGUUCCCAUUCGACAACGCUGGUCAUAACACCCCCUGCCAGCCCCUUUCCUGCGGUUGUUGCCGUCACUGCAGCAGUGUUCGAGCGAUGUUCAAGCAGAGCAAGUGCCCAAACUGCUUUGCUAUCACGAAGGAAAUCAUGCAGGCCGUUGUCGCAGAUCGUAACAGCAAGGUGCAAGAGUGGAGUCAGGCUGGCGUUGCGGGAGAGGAAAGCGAUGAGGAGCCCUCUGUCUUUGACGUUGAUGAAGCAAGUUAAAGUAGGCAUUUAUUUGUUUUUAAGAGAAAAUAUAAAAAAUGUAAUGGAACAGUUUUGAAGAGCGGCCUCUGGCGCACAUAUCCUACUACAAUACUUGGGGUGGCCGUUGCGUGUGUGCAGAGGCCGUGGGGUUGCGACAAGAGAUGUCUGUUUAUUCUGCGCGGAAGACCGAACGACACGCUUGCCGAAGACGUAUGUGAGCGCUGAGCUGGCGGGUCCGAGACCCAGAGCCCAGCCGGCUGCACUGUCCGUGUACUGUACUAUGAGUUCCAAAUCCUGCUCGCCGUUCGCCGUAGCAAUAAUACGUUCGGUACAUAUAGUACAGU